AUGAAUCCUCGCGCACCUCACUACAAGUUUCAAUCCUCUUCAUCCCCCAACAGUAAUGGCAAGGAUCUGGAAAGCAUCUAUGGAAGUUUGCGCAACACUUUCGUGCCUGCUUCUACUCCCACCAUUGACAGCACAUACGCAACUCUUGCUCCUAACAUGAGCAACACACCCGAACUCUCCACUCACAGCCAUUCGCUUGUUAAGUACGAACUAAAGAAGAGCUCUGAUGUGAGUGCUAGCCAUGUAUGUAACCCCUUGAGCUUCGCUGACUUGUGCAGGAUNGAGCAGCUGCUUGAGCGCGCACGUAACGAACAGCUGGAACAGAACCAGCUGGCAAUGCACACCAAGCUCCUCCGCUUGACUGACCAGGUCAGUGAGUUGAUGUCUCAGCGUGCAGCCCUUGAGAAGGAAAAGGUCGAGAGCGAUCAGACAAUUGAUGAGCUUCGUCGCGAUGUCGCCCAACUCAAGACUCUGGUCGGGCAGCAUCACAACAAGCUUGAAGUAUGCAAGCGUGGCGUCGACGACAACGCAAAAGAGGCUCAAAAACUGGAGCAGCGCUGCAAGGAGAUGAUUGGAAAAUCGGAGCCGCGUUUUCAGCACCACAUGACCCGUAUUGACAAGGUCGAGGGCCUCGUACGUGUUGCCGCAAGUCAGAUCAAGCAGCACACCGCGCAGCUGGGCGACAGUGAGAGCCGCAUCAGCCAGCUCGGGGAGGCAUCUGGCGGCAGCACUGCCACGAACGGCUACAAUGACUUGCUGCAGAACGGCGUUGACCCACGAGUUCCGCAACUCAAACUCAGCAUUGAGAAGCUUGAGAAGACUCAGGACUUACACAAGUCGUACCUACAGAAGAUUGGAGAAACUCUGGUCGCCCAUCAGACUAACAUGGACACCGUCACCAAUACUAUGAAAGAUCUUCGUCGCAAGCUGGAAAGUCUGAGCACUAUCAACGCUGGACUUCGUAAUAACGAGAAUGCGGGAGCGAAGACCAGUCUUUUCAAGAUGGAUGCAACUACCGACGCCAUCUUCAAGCUCCAAAGCAAGAUCGAUCGCCCGAUUGAGGAGGUUCACUACGGAACCAGUAAUGCGGAGAGUCCUACGAGCAACGGAUCCAGCAGCGCCGUUGAUGUCGAGAAAUUGGUUAAGCAGCUGGGCGAAGUCCGCGACAAGAUUAGCGCUAUCGAGAAGAAUCUGGAGGGUCAAGCCAAGAUACAUGGCCUUAUGGAAGAGAUCCCAAUGGCACACAGAAUGAGACUGGAGACGAUGUUUUAUCAACUGACCAAGGAGCUUGAUGAGAAAUGCCAGCCUGAAGACGUCGAGUAUGGCGAGUAUGGCCACGGUCUGGACCGGGACCGUAUGUUCAUCCUCAGACAGCGUGUCCUCGAGCGUCUCUCGAUCGAAGACAACGUCCAACUCGAGUUUGAACGCCUCAAGGAGUCUCAGCAGAUGUACUCCUAG